CAAAACACUAAUAGCAAACAUUUCAGUUCAUUUGAACCACGCGUCUACUUAAUUUCUUUUCCGACGCUUCUCUAGGUUCAUGAACGCACCCCUUCCCAUUGACCAGGCAUCCCUUCCGGUAGAUGAGGUCAACUUUUCCCUAGAUCCGCCAUUUCAGUCCAGGAGUUUUCUUGUGGCACAUUAGUUUGGGGCUUCCUUCAGACAUUUUAUCACACAAAACACUCGUCUGUAAUGCUUUAGUCGCGCCACGAUAAGAUAGCAACCUUCCGCGCGGCUUCGUUGCUCGCGAAAACCCGCCUCAAGUCGUGAGAGUCCACAUUUUGUUUUUCCUCAAUGCCGGGGGAGCGUCCCUGACCCAAAGUUUUUUUUUUUUUUGUAUGAGUUGCGGAUAAAAUAAAAAAGGAAAAAGAAGAAGCAGGGGGGGGGGGAUAAGGCCUUGAGCCUCGGGCCGGUAAUCGUUCAGUCAUGGCUGGUAAUUUUGACGCCGAAGACCGUGAGAGUUGGUACUGGGGCAGGCUGAGCCGCCAGGAAGCUGUUUCUCUCUUACAGGGACAGAGGCACGGCGUUUUCUUGGUGAGGGACUCUAUAACCAGCCCCGGGGACUACGUGCUCUCUGUAUCCGAGAACUCCAAAGUGUCCCAUUAUAUCAUCAACAGCAUCAGUAACAACCGACUCUCCGGCUCAGGUCUGGCUCCUCCGCGGUUUCGUAUCGGGGAUCAGGAGUUUGAGGCCCUGCCGGCCCUGCUGGAGUUCUACAAGAUCCAUUACCUGGACACCACCACCCUCAUCGAGCCCAUAACCAAAUCCAAGGGAUUCGUCAGCUCCUCGGCCGCCGUCCCUCCGCAGCAGCCCGAGGAGGCCGAGUUCGUCCGGGCGCUCUUCGACUUCCUCGGCAACGAUGAUGAGGACCUGCCGUUCCGCAAGGGCGACAUCCUGCGGGUGCUCGAGAAGCCGGAGGAGCAGUGGUGGAAUGCUGCCAACCAGGAGGGCCGCGCCGGGAUGAUCCCCGUCCCCUACGUGGAGAAGUACCGGCCCACCUCGCCCACGGCGAUCGGCCCGGGAGGCCCCGUCGCGGGGACGGGACAAGCGGGGCAGGUCGGGAGCGCGGCGGCCGGCGCGGACGGGACAGGGCCUCCCCAGGCCUUGGGUGACCCGGGCCAGUACGCCCAACCGGUGGUUGCCACCCAGCUCCCUAACCUACAGAACGGGCCGGUGUAUGCCCGAGCCAUUCAGAAGAGGGUGCCCAACGCCUACGACAAGACAGCACUGGCUCUAGAGGUGGGAGACAUGGUGAAAGUAACCAAGAUCAACGUGAACGGCCAGUGGGAGGGCGAGUGCAAGGGCAAGCGCGGCCACUUUCCCUUCACCCACGUGCGACUGCUGGAACAACACCACCCGGACGACGAGAGCUGAGAAACGCUGGCUGCCAGCGUCCCACCCCUUGCGCAUUUUUGUGUCGGGGGUGGGGAACAAAGGAAAAAAAAAAAACCUUCCAGAAGCACACACCUACAAAGCAAAUCUAUGAGCUAAACGGGUCGCAGGCCCUCGGGGCCAACAGGGGAGGAGCUUAGACAGAACGCCUUCUUUUUUUGAUGGACGGCAGAGCUCAGCAGUACGACAACCGUGAAAAUAUUUCUUCUUGUGGUUGCCGUGGUUAACAGUCAACCCCAAGACAAGACAGUAACACUUUGAUUUUUCUCAAGGUAUUUGAAUGAAAACUGUUUUAUGCUUAGGUUUCGCUCCCUGUGAUGAAUUUAUUUUUUAACACAAAUGGUAACUUGAUUGUGGCUGUUAUUAUUUUUGUUUUAAUCCCUCAUUACAUGUGCAAACCAAAAAAGUGAAUGUUUACAAAUCCAGUUUAGGGAUGGAUGGAUGGCUCUAUUAUUGAUAAGUCGAUGAAAGCGUGUCUUCAGUCGAUGCUAACCGGCUGCACGGUUUGAGGUCUGAAGCAGAACGGGCUACGCUACGGCCACGCCCUCGCAAACAAUUCUGCGUGGUGGCAUUUCGGCUUCAUAAAACUGGCAUUAUAAGAGGAGUUCAAAACAUUCUUUGACAAUUCUACAGUUGUUAAAUUUCCUUUGCCGUUCGAGGAAAUUUUUUACGCCCAUCCAGCCAAAGGUUUUUGUUUACUUUAUUGGCUGCCUGCCGUUUAUUUACUCUGCUAAGAUGAACAAAAUGAGAUUUUUAUAAAAUGUAUCAUCUUUGUGACACCAAAUAUGAUGAUUGCUGGCCAAACUUCACCUCUGAACGUUUUGUUAGCGACCACAUGGCUGCUAAGUUGCUCGCAAAACAGAUCUUAGCAUCUAAUGACUAUAUGAUAAAGAAUGUCGUCAAGUCCAACCUUCGUCCAAACAAGUAUGGCUAACGAUCCCGGCUAUAUAUGCUAAAAUUAAAGAAAACAAUCUGGGGAAGAAAAAAAAAAUCUAGAACAAAAAAUGUCUGCAACACCAAGGGCAAUGCAAAAUUAAUUUGCCAAACUUCAGUUGAAGAUGAGAGGAUGAAAGAACUGGGCCUUAGCAUCUCAUGAUUUUGCCUUGUCGUUAAAUUGUAGUUACAUGCUAAUUCGAGUCUGGCCAUACCCCAAACAAAUUAACUAUCAACGUUAUCUAGUUUUUCCCCUGCUGCACUCUAAUAUAGGAUCUGGAUGGAAUUGGUUGUUGAUGGCUCUGGAUGUAAAUGUUCUCUUAGAAUAAAUAUGAAAUUUAGCCAAAGUUGAGUCUUCUGUCAAUAAGUUGUAUUCCAUCUUGUCCUAUAGGGUAUUUGAUCAUAGAAAUUUGGGCAAAUGGCCAACCCUAGUCUGACCAGAACCUGCAAAAUCGAUUCAAAGAUCAAAGUUGUGCAUCAUAAGCUAAUUUUUCAUUUUAUUAAAUGCCUUCCGUUGACUUUUUAUUAGCACCGAAAUGACUGGGAAUGACUUUGUGGCAUGCAAUCCCAGCCUUAGUACAGGGUGUCUAUUUUUGAUUUAUUUUGAAUCCAAGCAUUUACUUACCCAACUAUCCUUGCUACCUUGCGAUUGUUCGCUACACUAAAAUGAACAAAAAGCUCUGGGAAGAAUUCUUGGCGGCGGUGAUGAGAUGCGUGAACCUAAAAUUAGCAUCUGAGGCUCAUUCACACUUUGUGUACUUCUAGUAUUAUUCUGCAUCUCAUCGCUUACAUCUGAUUGCAGAGGAUGGAUUUUUUAUUUUUAAAUGCCACAAUCAAAUCUACAAACAUUUUGACCAUGUUAAGACUGUGAACCCAAACCACAUCUUUGACUCAAAUUUGACAGGCAGCACUACAAAUGAGCAGAAAGCUAUUCUGCAAUUAAAACAUAUACACGCUAUCUCCAGUUUUGCCAACUUCUAAUAUGUUGUUUCCGAAAACAAACCCUAUUUUGACCAACUCUAUCUAGAAUCCACUCAAACCAGCACAUUGCUACAUUUUUCACUUUGUAGUGUCUGGGUUAUUUUUAAAUCUCUUAUGUCAAGUCACACCCAAAAAAAAAAAAAAAAAUUGAUACACAGUUUCUGUGUCGGUGGGAAAAUGCAAUCUGUGCUUCCAGGCUGUGCUGAGAUGUGUAUUACAGUAAACUGGUUUGUUAGCAUGUCUGGCAUUGUUUGAGGUUUUGGACUACAGUAUUUACAUAAGAACUGAUGAGCUAGUGGCUGAAUAACUCGCCAGUCAAGUGUUGCUUUAACAGCUCACCAGCUUGUAUUCAAACGAGCUUUAUCCAAAAGUAUCCCAUCAAACUUUUUGUCCUAUUUUUUAAAUUAGUGAAUCACGGAAAAUUAUUCUGAUAAGCAUACGAACAUACUUUGGGCUAGAAAAAAAUAUGCCAAGGUGGGGUGUUUGGUUUAAAGGAGUGUUGGGGCUGCAAAAAAAAAAAAAUUAUGAGGGAAAAAAAAAAGUUUCACCUCUGGUUUGAUUCUGAUAUUGCGGGUUUUGCAACUUGAAAACAGCUUAAAAAAUGUGCUACAAAUAUGACAUUUGUAACGAAUUUCAGUGUUCCUUUUAUGUGAAACCACAUUGCGAGCAGAAAUACUUACCAGAAGAGUAAAUUUGUGAUUUUCCUCGGAAAAUUAUGGAACAUUGAGGAAAAAAAAAGGGAACAAGGCAUUCAUGUUUUAUUUGGACAAGAAAACAUUUUACAUUUAAAUGUUCAUAUUUGAACUUUUUGUUGUAGAAAUAUUUUGUGUUACUUUUAUCCAAAAUUUAGAAAAGUCUUUUUAAUUUCAUUUUGGCAUGAUCACAAUGACAACAUUUACACCCCCCCCCCCAGAACCCUAAUACUUUGUGGAUUAAAUGUUUAUCUUUUGCCAAGUGAAUGCUUAAAUAUUAUGAUUCAUAACAUUUUAUUGUUGCCUUGAAUAAAACAUCUUGAAUGGAAUGAAUCCUAAAGAAACCAUUUAUGAAUCUGUUAAUCACGCACCUUAAUCCCUUCAAUGCUUCCAAAAAAUUUAAAGCCCCCACCUCCCACAAAAAAGGAAAAAAAUAAAUCUUGCAGAGCAGUAAAUAUUUUGUGCCAUUCCAGACCAGUUUUAAAAGACCGCAAAUGAGCAAAAUGUAAGAUUUACCAUUUUAUUUUGUAUAUUAUCAAGGUGUUAUGAAAAUAUAUUUCAACUUGUGUUUUAUUUUUCUGUAUGAUGUUAUGUGUAAAUAAUAUACCUGGUCAAUAAAAAAAAAAUGUACCAAGA